AUGUUCUCGCUCCGCACUGUCCUUGGCGCGCCGAGCGCGCUUCGCCAGCUCCUCCCAGCCGUCUCCCGCCGGUCGAUCCCUGGCUCAAUGUCACUCCGUCCCUUUUCACACUUGAUUCAAAAUGGCCUCACGAGGCUACGCGCUUCAUCCGCAGGAGUAGGCAAUGCUGUCGCUACCACCGUGGGUAUGAGUCGGCAGGUUGAACAGGUCCGCGGCAUGAAGACACGCUCCUCCGUGAAACGGUUGUGUGAUGGCUGCAAGCCUGUCCGCCGCAAGAACCGUGUAUACAUCAUCUGCUCCAAAAAUCCCAAGCACAAGCAACGACAAGGGAAAUAG